UCCUUCUCUUUUCGUCCGAUCUUGUCCAACGGCUAUUCUACGAUGGUGCACAACAUGGACGAAACACACAAAAGACCCAAGGGUAUCCUGAAGAACCCUAGCUCUCAGAACAUUCAAACAACACAUGAAUCGUUGGCCCCGCGCGCUCCAUCUACAGAGCCCAUGGAUACCAAGGAGCUCACCCUGCAAAAUACCCUACAGAACGCUGGGCGCCGCCACUCCUCGUCCACCGCACACCCUGGGACCGCGUCUCGACGCCAAUCGGUGGCUAGUGUCCAACAUGACGAGAAUUCGCCACGGUUGAAAUGGGACGAGGCAAAUCUUUACCUGACCGAACAGGAGAAAACCGCAAAGAUGAAGAUCGACGAACCCAAAACACCGUAUGCGCCACACUAUGAUCCAAGCCAGGACGAAGAAGAAAUGCAGCUUGCAGAAGCUGAAGACAGCUUGAUCGAUGCACAAGGGGUGGUCGUGGACGAACUUGAUCAGACGACCAAAAAUGCUCGGAAAACAGUCGCUGAGGAUGAGAUUCCCGAUCUCGAGCUAGGAGAGCCGGAGGGGUUGAUCCCUGAUGGUGCUGGAAUCCAGGACAGCGAUCGCAUCGUACGCGCGCGGAGUCUAAGCAAUGAGUCGCACCGGAGCGACAAGCAUGUGGUGAUGGGGGCCAACGAGCCCAACGGCGGGGCUGGCGCAGAUGCAGACCACUUGUUGAGUCCCGAAGAGGCCCAGGAGAAGCAUCGCCAAUUUGAACAGCAAAGGAAGAGGCAUUACGAGAUGCGGAAUAUCAAAGAACUUCUUGCCCAUUCCGUAGAUCUAGAGGAAAUGGACGAGGAUGAAGACGAAGGUGCGAGCAAGAACUCUGCUCCAGCUGUUCCGCCGCCGAUGCCACAGAUUCCCCGAGAGUUCUUGAGGGGAGGAAAGUAG